CGGGGCCGCUACUAAAACCCGGGACUCCCGGCCUUGGGCAGCCUGGGGAGGGACGCGGGCGGGACGGAGCUCGGCGCGCUGGCUGCUGGAGGGUAAUGGCCCUGCGAGGCUGUAGGCUCCGACCUCACCCGGAGUCGGCAGCGAGAGGCUCGCGGCGGCGCGGGGCUCCGGGAGAGCGCUGAGCUCCGGCUCCAAGCACCCCAGAUUUCGCCACUUCCGCGUCCCCCGGACUCCGAUCAGGGGGUCAGGAGCCGUGGUCGCUUGGGCUGCUCGCUCGCUCGCGGUUCUCCAGAUCAUGUCCGAGGCUCUCGGGACUUCGCUCGGAAGAAGCAGUUUGCACGGCGUGAAUGCAAUGAUCCUGCCCAGCUGCGCACCCCGCCGCCCGGCCCGGGUCUGAGCGCGCCGCCCGGACGGACUGUGCUGCGCGAGGGUUUUCUCUGCACGUGGUUGUCUCCCUGCAUUUUCACCAGAAGCCCUUGACCACCCGCUUCGGAGUCCUGGAAGAAAGAGGCGGCGUCCUCCAGCCCUCAGCGCUCACCAAGAUGGGGAGCAAGGCCCUACCAGCGCCCAUCCCGCUCCACCCAUCCCUGCAGCUCACCAACUACUCCUUCCUGCAGGCCGUAAACACCUUCCCUGCUGCUGUGGACCACCUGCAGGGCCUCUAUGGGCUCAGCGCGGUGCAGACCAUGCACAUGAACCACUGGACACUGGGGUACCCCAACAUGCACGAGAUCGCCCGCUCCACCAUCACCGAGAUGGCUGCUGCCCAGGGCCUCAUGGACGCUCGCUUCCCCUUCCCGGCUCUGCCCUUUACCACCCACCUGUUCCACCCCAAACAGGGGGCCAUUGCCCACGUGCUGCCAGCCCUGCACAAAGACCGGCCCCGUUUUGACUUUGCCAACUUGGCUGUGGCUGCCACACAAGAGGACCCUCCUAAGAUGGGGGACCUGACCAAGCUGAGCCCGGGCCUGGGCAGUCCUAUCUCGGGCCUCAGUAAAUUGACUCCGGACAGAAAGCCUUCCCGAGGGAGGUUGCCCUCCAAAACGAAAAAAGAGUUUAUCUGCAAGUUUUGCGGCAGACACUUUACCAAAUCCUACAACUUGCUCAUCCAUGAAAGGACCCAUACAGAUGAGAGGCCUUACACGUGUGACAUCUGUCACAAAGCCUUCCGGAGACAAGACCACUUGCGUGAUCACAGGUAUAUCCAUUCCAAGGAGAAACCUUUCAAAUGUCAGGAAUGUGGAAAAGGAUUUUGUCAGUCUAGAACUCUAGCCGUUCACAAAACUUUACAUAUGCAGGAAUCUCCACACAAAUGCCCCACAUGUGGAAGAACCUUUAAUCAGAGAAGUAAUCUGAAAACUCACCUUCUCACCCAUACAGACAUCAAGCCCUACAGCUGCGAGCAGUGCGGCAAAGUGUUCAGGCGAAACUGUGAUCUGCGGAGGCACAGCCUGACUCACACCCCGCGGCAGGACUUCUAGAGAAGCCCAGGAUCUGUCCCGUGCCGCUGCCACCCCCCUCCCCAGACACCUCUCCACGCCUCCCACCUGGAGGCCCCACCCUAGCCCCCUACUGACCCCAGCUCUUCCUUUGCUGCAGCCGCACCUGCAGCUCCAAGGAGUUUAACUCUUCUUCCGGAGGACUGAGAACUGUAGAAAGCCACACACAUACACCCCUUCACAAAGAGCAUAUGCUAGUUUCUUAUAGAUAUUCACAGCUCAUUUUAGAGCUCUGUACAGAAUGUUGUGGGUCUUUUGUCGUCUUGUUUUGUUUUUGUAUCUUGUUGGAUGCACCUAGAUAAUGGAAAAUGGAAGCCAAAUUUAUCUUUAAAGACUGUAUUUCAAAAAUAAAACUUUUUUUGUUUCAA